GUAACCUGAGAUGUGACAGAAAGCCUCCGUGUACGGGGGUUCUGCUGGUUCUGUGUGGCAGCAGUCGGGUCACCAACGCGCACAUCAGAGGCAUCUAAACUGAAGCGUUUCAGUGGUUUGGAGCUUUGCACUGUCUCCUCUGGGUGCUGCUCGUUCUCCCCACAGCCCUCAGUGCAGCAGGUCCACCCGAUCAGCCGCCAGGAUCUAAGAAUGCUCCACCAGCAGCUACAGGGUCUUCACGUUAACAUCAGCUGAAGCUAAAUCAUCACAGUGCUUGCUCUGCUCUUCGACUUAGAUGGAUUUAUAACAGCAGGAAAUGGCUUCCAUAAAGAGUGGCCUCCGUAUCCAGGGGGAUGAAAACCUUCAGUCCAUGCUGGUAGGGACAGUGAUGAGGAAAAUUAAGUCCCGUACUUGGAAAAAACAACGAUACUUCAAACUCCAGGAUGACUUCAUGACCAUCUGGUACAAGUCCAAGAAGGCUGGCAACGCCCACUCUACCUAUGACAGUGCUGCUUACACCCGGCUGUUGUGUCCAGUUUCUGUCAGCGAUGUGGAGGUAGUGCGGGAGGGCCAUCAAAGUGAAGUCCUGCUCAGCACCGCAGACGAAUUCCCUGCUAACCGAUGCUUCACGGUGGUAUUCCGCGGACGCCGGGGAAACCUGGACCUAGUGGCCGAGUCAGCUGAGGAGGCCGAGUCCUGGAUCAAAGGCAUUAGGAAGCUAAUUGAAAACCUGGAAAACAUGGGAGAAAGGGAAAAACUGGACCAAUGGAUAUGGGACUGGUUCAAGAAGGCCGACAAGAACAACGAUGGCAGGAUGAACUUCAAGGAAGUGAGAGAUCUCUUGAGGAUGAUGAAUGUGGACAUGAAUGAACACCAUGCCCACCGUCUGUUCACUAUGGCGGAUAAAUCUCAGACUGGCGCCCUCGAAGGGGAUGAGUUUGUCUUGUUCUACAAGAUGUUGACACAGAGAGAAGAUAUUUUGAAAAUUUUCCAGGAGUACUCAUCUGAUGGUCAGAAGUUAUCCCAGAGCGACCUAGAGGACUUUCUGAGAGUGGAGCAGUUGGAAGGGGGUGAUAUCCAACACCGCGUUCAGGAGCUAAUUGACCGCUAUGAGCCCUCAGACACAGCAAAGCUGCUGAAGGCUAUGACGUUUGACGGUUUCUUGAUGUACCUCGGUUCGGCUGAGGGCUCUAUUUUCAGCCCACGGUGCAGGGACAUCUUCCAAGACAUGAGCCAGCCGCUGUGCCAUUACUUCAUCUCUUCUUCCCACAACACGUAUCUGAUGGAGGACCAGCUGAGGGGACAAAGCAGCGUGGAGGGAUACAUCAGGGCUCUUAAUCGAGGUUGUCGGUGCGUUGAAGUGGACUGUUGGGACGGUGCCAACGGAGAGCCCAUCGUCUAUCAUGGACAUACAUUUACCUCCAAGAUACUCUUCAAGGAUGUGGUCAAUGCAGUGGAAAAAUAUGCCUUCAAGGUAUCAGAAUAUCCGGUCAUCCUGUCGAUGGAGAAUCACUGCAGCAUCGACCAGCAGAGAGUCAUGGCCCAACACCUCAAGCACAUCCUUGGGGAUAAGUUGCUUAAAGGCAUGCUGGAUGGCCGGCCUCCGGUCCGGCUGCCUUCUCCUGAGGAACUUAAAGGAAAGAUUCUUCUGAAGGCAAAGAAAAUCGGAGGCUUAGAGGACAGCUUCAAUGGGACCGGGGAAGACCCUCUGACAGGAGAGGUCAGUGAAGAAGACGAGGUGGCAGAGAUAGAUGAAGAUAAUCUGCAUCGUGAGAGCAUCCGGCGACGAGUGAAGAGGUCCAAGCAGCAUUUGUCCAAGGAGCUGUCCGACUGUGUGGUCUACUGCAGGAGCGUGGCCUUCAGGAGCUUCAAACACGCCCGCCUCCACUACAGGUUCUACGAGGUGGCCUCCUUCACCGAGUCCAAGGCCCGCAAGCACCUACGGGAGAAUGGGGCAGAGUUCGUGCUUCAUAAUUCCCAGCAGCUCACCAGGGUUUAUCCCACUGGCUUCCGAACAGACUCAUCCAAUUUCAAUCCCCAGGAGAUGUGGAACGCUGGCUGCCAAAUAGUUGCACUGAACUUCCAGACAGCUGGAGAGGGGAUGGAUCUAAACGACGGCCUGUUCAGUCAGAACGGCCGCUGCGGCUAUGUCCUGAAGCCCAGCUUCAUGAGAGACAGCGACAGGAGGUUUGACCCCGACCUGCCUCAGAGACGCCAUGACUACCAACCCGUCAUCCUUACCAUCCAGGUGAUCAGUGGCCAGCAGCUGCCCAAAGUCAACAUCAAGGAGGACUCUAUAGUGGACCCUCUGGUCAGAGUGGAGAUCCAUGGAGUUGCGAUGGACCAGGCCAAACAGGAAACCAGAUAUAUCGAGAACAAUGGAUUCAACCCUCUGUGGAACGACACUCUGCGCUUCACCAUCCACACCCCUGAACUGGCUUUGGUCCGCUUCGUGGUGGAGGACUAUGACAAGACAU